CAUCCGCUUUCCAAAUAAGAAUUGAUCUUAUUUUUAUAAUUCAACUUCAACAACAUUUUACAUAAUUUUAUAUAAACAAUUCUCAAGAAUGGUGUUUUUCCUCAAUUCAUUCUGAUGGCAGGAAUCUAGUUAUUACAUAAGGACGAGAACGUAUCGUAGGUUGUCUUUGCAAUUCAAGAAUUUGCUGUCUUUCGGUAUGUUGUACAUAGAAUUUAAUGGGUGUAGGUAAAAUGGGAGUGCCCAUUUACACCCGCCACACCUCUGGAAAGAGGAGGUACGGAGUCAAACAUCUGCAAAACAUCGCACACAUAUUCAUAUUGUAUAAUAGACUAGUGAUCUGCACCUUAAGAGGAAAUAUUACAACCAAAAUUACGUCAUCGCACAAAAACUCUCAAUAAUAAGAGAAUCCAAAUGUUUAGCUUGUUGCAGUCAAAAUGCAUCUGUGCUUAUUUUUGUUAUGACAUCAUGCUUAAUAAUAUUCACGGUCUCUCACCCACCAACCAGUCGUUUUAAUGAAUUCAGCUACAACGGAACUAAAAUUAUUAGAUUGGACAAUCUAGCACUAAAAAUUCUGGGGAUAUGUCCUAAAUUGAGCUUAAUUACUAAAUAAUAUGGACGAUCCGACAAGCAUAAAUCCCCUACUGAUAGACAUUGUACUUGAAAAGGUUUUCCAAAUUCUUCCCUUCCCAGAAGUGAAACGGCACCGCUUCGUUUGCCAACAAUGGGGUCGAAUUGGUUACACAAUUUUAAAAUCAAAGUCCAGAGACGCCAUACUUUUCGGCGACUCGAACGAGUGCCACAAGCAGAUACAAGUGUUCACAUCCGUGGUAAAGAAGGAAACUGAAUUCAAUGGCAGCCUGCCCUUCAGAUAUUUCACGUUACAACCUUCCGUGUUCUCGAAUCAGCGAUCUCAGAACAUUCAAGACUUUUUUGUCGCAACUGGCAACUCGUUCAAGUCAUUAUUCAUAAAUUAUCAGGAACAUUCGCACAGCUUUACUCUUCCAGAAACUGAAUUUCUUGAUGAUAGCGGGGGAGAAUUAUUAAGGUUUCCACAUUUGCGCCAUUUCCGGUUUGAAGUUUCGCCUCCUCAAGAUCAGUCUUUUGUACGUUCGGACGGCACAGUGUUAAACGGAGUGGAUCUCUUUCGUAAAAUUUUUUCCGCUGCUAGAAAUAUGGUCAGAUUGGAACUCGUGAUUCCUGAAAGUUCAGUUAUCAAUGUUGACCCUUAUCUCCAGGUUAUUUCUGAUGGUGAUUCAACAAUUCAUUCAAGAUUAGCUGACCUCGUGUUAAACAUUACGCUAAACGAUAAGCGGGUUAAUAUCUUGUCAAGUGCAAAGUUUCAAUUAAAAUCGGUCCGAAUUUCGCAGCAAAAUUCUGACUGCGAGGCCACGACCGCACUCGAUUUUGUCAAGGGUCUCACCCAAUCUUUACGACAUUUAAAAAUUGACUGCCUAAAUUUUCACGAAUUUCCUACCUUGCCAAAUCUGCAAAUUUUAGAAGUGUUGGAUGGCGGAAGAAUUCAUCAAGUUGUGGGUCAACAUAGUUUACCGGAAAUUUUAGAUUUUAACUUUGCUCAAACGUUCCCAAAGUUAAGAACGCUCAUUUUCACCUCGUACAAUUGGAACGCGUCUUUCCUAAUGUUGUUCACAACGACUCGAAAAGGAGUAAAGUCUGUUCGCGAGUUAAAGUUACCGAAGCAAAUUGACCUUACCGAUACCUCGAUUCUAGUCUCUCGGAUCUCUAAAACAUUUCCUCUCCUGGCAAAACUCGAGAUUUUCUUGUCACACGAAUCUGUUUCCUGUUUGGCUGAGAUAUUCGCUAAAUUGUCCACUUUGGAAGAAUUUUCAGUCACUUUUGUCAAUUGGAAGGAAAAUAAAUGCAUUGAUUACAUUAUCACCGGAAUUAAGGAAUGGAUUUGCAAAGAAAUUUAUUCCCUGAAUGAUAUGAGAGGUUUGAAAGUGGCGAGAAGCGCUGCCUCGAUUUUAGAUCUUCAAAAUCUGAAGAGACUCCAGUUAAAAAAUAUGACCAGAUAUAACACAAAACGACCACAAAUUUCCGACAUUUCAGUACAUUAUGCAUUCCUAACACAUCCAAGAUUAUCCAAACUAUCUACUUGGCCCUCCGACAUAUCAUCCCAAGGAAUUCACCACCUGCGACGAAAAUUGGAUCUGACGCUGCUACCCUUUUAAUAAUUUAUUCUUUUUUUGUAUGUAAUCAGCUACAUUACGUAUGCUGAUGCUGAAAACUUAAUAAACACUUGCCGGCAAAUAAAUCGGUCUAGGUGCAAAUCGACUCAAA